AUGAGCCAGUACCCAUGGCAGAAAUCCGUCCUCCCCUCUGGAGUUGUCUCAACCAGGCAGCGAGAGCUCCAAGGGAGCGGAAGCAUGGCCGGCGUGCCAAAUCUGGCCGCCAACUCGGAGAUCGAUCCGGAGAACGGAGUUCUCGAAAUUUACACCGAUGGAUCCCAUCUCCCAUCCGGUGGAUAUGGCGGCGCGGGUGUCGCGUAUCAACUUGGGGGAGAAUGGCACACCCUCGCGAAGUCUCUCCUGCUCCCUUCGGACGACCAAGUCAUUGGAGCGUACGGCAUCUGCGUCGAUCGACACGACGCCGAAAUGCUCGCCAUCAAGGAAGCUCUCCUGGAGAUAGACUGGCUCGCGCGCAAAGGCGCGAAGAUUGAUCACGCGGUGAUCCUCACCGACUCGCAAACCUGCAUCACGCGGUUGACGGUCGGAGGAGCCUCCCGCCUCCUCAUCCUCACGACCCGCGAAGCCGAUGAGUGCUGGACUCUGGUGGCGAGCCGCGGCAUCACCGUGGAGAUGGUGAAAGUCGAGGGCCAUGCAAAACCCCCGAUCCCGGGUAAUGAGAAAGCGGAUAAGCUGGCGGGAUUUGGCGCGAGGUUGGCUCGCCAGGGGUUCGAGAGUCGUGGAAAAUUGGUGAGAGAUCCCUCCACCGCGGAGAUGGAGAACGUGGGAGAGAUGCUCUCGGGAACGAAGAGGAAGGCCGAGGGUACGAAGUCGGCGGCGUGGAAGGAGGAGAGAACAGGGCGGAAGAAGCAGCAGAAGCGGGAGAGGGACGAGGAGAAGCGGGAGGAGGCUCUCACGCAACGUGAGCGGAUCGAUCGCAUGUUCAGUGGUUGA